CAACAGCAAUGUGGAGCCCAGCCGGACCUCGCCGCCCGUCUUCUCCAAGCCCAUGGACUCCAACAUCCGCCAGUGCACGUCUGCCAACUGCGAAGAUAUGGAUUCUCCACAGUCUCUCCAGGAUGACAUGACUGAAUAUACCCCAAACGCAGAGAGCUAUUGCACAAACUCUUCCCAGUGCGCUCGGCAAAGCAACCGCAGGAGAAAACUGAAGAAGUAUCUGUUCCGGGCGGUGUCCGAAGGCAAUGGAGAAGAACUCCAGGGCCUUCUCGAAGAACUGAGGGAACGCUCACACGCCUGCAGGAACCUGACGGUCCAAGAGUAUCUGAUGAAAAAGAUGACCUCUUCCGACACCGGCAAGACCUGCCUCAUGAAAGCCUUGUUAAACAUCAACCAGAACACCAAGGAAAUCGUGAAUAUGCUACUCUCAUUUGCCGAAGAAAAUCUUAUCCUAGAAAGACUUAUUAAUGCAGCUUACACCGAGGAGGCAUACAAAGGGCAGACGGCGCUGAACAUCGCCAUCGAGAGGCGGCAGUACGACAUCACCCAGGUCCUGAUCGAGAAAGGCGCAGACGUCAAUGCGCGGGCGCAGGGCAUCUUCUUCAAUCCGAAGCACAAAUACGAGGGCUUUUAUUUCGGCGAAACCCCGUUGGCGUUAGCCGCUUGCACCAACCAGCCAGACAUCGUCCAGCUGCUGAUGGAGAACAGCAAGACAGACAUCAUGUCCCAGGAUUCCCGAGGGAACAACAUCUUGCACGCCUUGGUGACGGUAGCGGAAGACUUCAAGACGCAAAACGAUUUCGUGAGGCGGAUGUACGACGCCAUCCUCCUGAAAAGCAGGAGCCGGGAUUUGGAGAUGAUGAAGAACAAGGACGGGUUGACGCCUGUCCAGCUGGCCGCGAAAACCGGGAAGUUAGAGAUCCUGAGAUACAUUCUGAGCCGAGAAAUCAAAGAAAAGCCCAUCAGGAGCCUUUCCCGGAAAUUCACCGACUGGGCGUACGGCCCUGUGCAGUCGAACCUUUAUGACCUGACGGAACUGGACACCACCUCCGAAAACUCACUGCUGGACAUCAUUGUCUAUAAUACCAAUAUUGGGAAUCGCCACGAAAUGUUGGCUUUAGAGCCGCUGAAUUCCUUGCUCCGGAUGAAGUGGAAAAGGUUCGCCAGUCACAUGUUCUUCCUGUCGUGCUGCUUUUACUUCCUUUACAACGUCAUAUUGACGGUGAUCUCCUACUACCGGCCUCACGCAGACAUGCCGCCUCCUUAUCCGCUCGCAAUGACCGACAACCUCGGCUGGCUGCAGUUGACAGGCCAAGCCAUCGUGAUGCUGGGGGCCGUAUUCAUCGCCAUCAAAGAGAGCGUCGCCAUCUUCUUGCUCAGGCCUUCGGACCUCCAGUCGAUUCUCUCAGACGCCUGGUUCCAUUUUGCGUUUUUCAUCCAAGCGGUGCUGGUGAUCUUCUCGGUCUGCUUGUACCUGCUUUCCUACAAGGAGCACCUGGUCUCCCUCGUCCUGGCCAUGUCCUUAGGCUGGGCCAACAUGCUCUACUUCACCCGGGGGUUGCAGUCCAUGGGGAUCUACAGCGUCAUGAUCCAGCAGGUCAUCUUGAAUGACGUGAUCAAGUUCAUCGCGGUGUAUCUUGUCUUCCUGUUUGGAUUUGGCGUAGCCCUGGCUGCGCUGGUCGACACAUGCCCCGAUGACAGCAAGUGCAGCAACUACAGCACUUUGGGGAGCGUGGAGAUCGAGCUCUUCCGCUUGACCUUAGGCCUGGGCGACAUGGACAUCCACGAGAACGCCAAGUACCCCAUCCUCUUCCUGCUCCUCCUCAUCUCUUACGUCGUCCUGACCUUCGUGCUGCUGCUGAACAUGUUGAUCGCUUUGAUGGGAGAGACGGUGGAGGACAUCUCCAAGGAGAGCGAACACAUCUGGAGGCUGCAGAGAGCCAGGACCAUCGUGGAAACGGAAAAGCUUCUGCCCAAAUUCGUGCGGAAGAAAUUCCAACUCGGGGAAUGGUGCAAAGUGGCUGACAACGACACGCGGCUCUGUUUAAGGAUAAAUGAAGUGAAGUGGACCGAAUGGAAAACGCAUGUUUCGUUUAUCAACGAAGAUCCAGGUCCAACAGGUAAUAGUAACAUCGCAUUUUGAGCAAUAUACUAUUAGACUGCUUUUUACUUUUAAACUCUGUUUUCUUUUUUACUUUACCUAUACUUUACCUAUACGUUUUAUCCCAGAAAUCACCUUUAUGAGUUCGGGUUUCCUGCCAACCUGUUGCCUUUUACUGGAUGCCUUUUGUAAUUCUCUAAUUUUGUCUAGCAUCUCUUUCUCAGGUACUUCGGCUCCUUACGCUUCUCCUUAGUAGACCCGUUUUGGCAAAACUCUGCCAAAGACUUCCCUUUAGCUUUAGCUUUCUUUUAACCAGACAGACUUACUCACACUAUCCUACCUUGGCCACCAAUUGGGAGGUAGUCUGCCGAUCCCACGGCUGCCACCAAACAUGGAACCCCUUUUCCAGGUCGGUCUUUCUCUUACCAGACACAUCCAAUUCUCGAGCAAAGCCCCUGCGUUUCAUCUUUUGUUCUUGUUCGCAAGGAAGCUGCACAGUGACAGAAACACCAUCAUCCAUAUAAUCCAUAUAAACUUGAAGACCCACAUGUCACAGAUAGAUAGCAACCUUAAACUUCUGAGUGAGAUGGAUGUGUGUUUUUAAGGGAUGACUUUAAAUAGAAAUUAUUAAAGAAAGAAAGAACUUAAUGCAUUGAAACUCUAUUUCCACUGUUUCCUCCCCAGAUUACAACAGAAUACAAGACGCAUCACGGAGUAACAGCAAAACCACCCUGAAUA